UUUCAAAAUUUUGUGCGCGAAGUAUCCACUUGAUGGUGCAUUUAGCUGACGAAGCUUUGAUCUGCGGUCCUGUCAAAUUUAGAUGGAUGUAUCCCUUCGAGAGGUUGAUGAAAUGUUACAAAGGUUUGGUGCGCAAUAAAAGGUACAUCAAUGGUUGCAUUGCAAAAGGAUAUGUGAUGCGAGAAGCCAGCUUGUACAAUAUGGAGAACAUAUCAAAUGAUGGUGGUGGGACUCAUAAACAUACUCGACAGGCCUUUCUAGAUGAUGAUGAUGAGUUUGUCGAUGAGAUGCCUUUGAGUUCUUCCAAAGCUAUUACUUUAACUCAAGUACAAUAUCAGCAAGCUCGUAGGUGGCUUCUGUCUAAGUAUGUGGGAAUAGAUGAAUGGCAGAGGAAGUAUGAUUUAUACGUGAACAGCGACAACUUUAAUAGUCAGGAAAAUCUUUCUUCCAAGAAAGGGUUAAAAAUCUUUCUCUUAUGGUUACGCGAUGAGAAGCCAAAGAGACAAAAUCAAUACUUUGGCGACUAGUGCAAGGACCACUCUUCAAGGCGCAGUCGUAUAACAAAUACCAAGCCAAUGGCUUUUCUUUUAGUUGUCAUGAUUAAGAGGAGGGUUUUGUAACACAGAACAGUGGUUUGUCUAUGAAAGCUAUUACAAGACAUAGAGCAAAGUCCACGGACAGAAAUUUGGUGGAAGCUGAAAUUACUUAUUAUGGUGUCAUUAAACAGAUUAUAAAGUUGAACUAUAUGGAAUUCGAGGAAGUUGUUUUUUACUGUGAUUGGUCAGAGUUGAAGAUAAGAGUAAUGGGUGAAAAGUUGAUCCAAUCUCAAACUCAAUAAAGGUCAACUUUUCUAAGCUACAAAGCACUAAGAGAGUGAUGGAUGAACCGUUUAUUCGUGCAUAUGAAGCGACUCAAGUAUUUCAUUCAAAGGAUCCUGAUGAAGUGGGAUGGUUUUUGGUAUUGCAUUCACAACAAAGGUUAACAUGCGCAGUAGAUCAGCUAUAAAUCCCUACUAGUUAUCAGUCAACUCUUACUGACAAUGAGAGCUUGGAGAAACUGCUAUGUGUCACUGAUGUAGUUUAGAAUCAUGUUUGUCAUCGUUGCAAGUUGUGUGCUGCAUUUCUGGUUGUGAUCCUUUGCAUUUCUUCUAUACAUGGAUUCUGUUUUUUUAUCAUAUUUGAUUCUCUGUUUUA